AUGGUGUCGGUCGACGUGGCCGCCUCGGCGACGCUGACGGCGGCCGCUUCCCUCUGCACGUCGACCCUCUACCCGGCCUUUGGCGUCAUCACCCUUCCCGACCUGGGCCUGCCCAUCACCCUCGCCGAGCCGCUCGUGCAGCAGGUCCCCUGCGUGCCUCUUCUCAUGCGCGCCGAGAGCGACGGCCGCGCCACCAGCCUCAGCAGCAGUAGCAGCAGCGCCGAAUCGAAACAAGGAGCCACAACCAGCGGCACGCCCGUCACGUCACCGGUCGUCACGUCGCCGGACUCUGCACAGGCUGCGGCCGCGACGAAACAGUCUUCCACGUCCACCGACGAUGGCAACAUUACAAUCUCGGACAUUGUCCUCACGGCGACGACGGGCACCCCCACCGCCUCGGCGACGCUCAACUUUCACAACGGCAACGACAACCCCAAGACGGUGCAUAUAUCGAGUUUUGGCGACCCCUUCUACCUCUCCACUUCGCCCAUCAUCUACGCCCUCGCCGCCACCACCAUUGUUUCCUGGAUGCUCGUCAUUGCCCUCUUCAUCACCACGCGGUCCACGUUCGAUGGUGGCAUCGUGUACCUCGGUAGCCGUGGAAGCUUCACCAGCAGCUCGUCCUCUGGUGGCGUUAGCAUCGGCGGUCGUCCGUGGCUGCAGAAGAUUGCCGCGCUGACCGUCGCCAUAUCACUCACUAUUGCGACGGCCGACACAAUGUCCAUUGUCAAGGACCAGUACGUGUGGGGCAUCACCAAUGCCCGCGAGCUGCAGCGCGACGUCAUGUCGCGCCUCGAGCUCAAAGUGAUUCGAAUUAUAUCAGACACAUUUCUCUGGCUAGCGCAAGCCCAGACUCUUAUCCGCCUCUUCCCUCGACAUCGGGAAAAGGUCGUCAUUAAAUGGGUAGCUUUUGCACUAAUCAGUCUUGACGUCGUCUUCUCUUCGCUCAACAGCUUUCCUUUCGGUCAAUACGACAUUCUAAACGGCAACUAUGUCGAUCCCAACGCAACCGACGACAGCCAUACCAACAAAGGGCUCGCCCACCCCAUACCGGCCAUUAGCUACGUCUUCAAGCUCUCGCUCGGCCUUCUUUACUUUUUCUGGGUAUCAUACUACGCAUUCUUGAAGCGACGAUAUGGCUUUUACCACCCGUUGAUGAAGAAUAUUUGUCUCGUUGCGGUGAUUUCGCUUCUGUCCAUCACCGUGCCCAUCGUUUUCUUCAUUCUUGACAUCUCGAAGCCCAAUUUUACCGCUUGGGGCGACUAUGUGCGCUGGGUCGGCGCCGCUGCCGCAAGUGUGGUUGUCUGGGAAUGGGUCGAGCGAAUAGAGGCCCUGGAACGUGAAGAGAAGAAGGACGGCGUGCUGGGCCGCGAGGUCUACGACGGAGACGACAUGCUUGAAAUCAAUGCCGCUGAAUAUCCUUGGCGCCAUAAGCAUGGCAAAUUUGGGGGGAGCGGCAGCAGUGGUGGAAGCAACGGCAUUGACUUGGAAGGCGGGCAGGUGUAUCACCGGCCCAAUGGACAUGCCCUCGGUCCUGGCGGUAUGCAGAAUGGGCACGCUGGAGGACCGAAUUCCCACGAACACGAAGGGCGGAGCAUGGGCGACAUACUGCGACCGCCACUCUGGUCGCAACGAGCAGCGCAGGCUGCCACACCUGUCAGCAGAACCGACACACCCAGCGCGGCAAGCACCGUGUAUGCUGUUCGAUACCAGGGCGAGUCGAGGACACCAGAGCCGCCUGUCCCGCACUAUUCACAGACGACAGAUUUGGCAAGGUACCCAAGCGGGCCUCAGGGCUACAGCGAGGAUGCUUACGAUGCGCGGAGUCAUAAUGGACGAGGUGCAGGGGCAAGAUCCUCGCCAGAUACGGCUGGCGAUGCUGCAAACGCCGCAAGCGAACACAAUAGAGAGGCAAGCAUUGCGGUGCCAGCAAGGACGAGGGUCAUGCGCUCGGUCUCGUACAAUCACGAGCCGGAAGUGCAAGAUGCUACUGAUGAUCAGCAUACCGUAACCCGAACCGUGGACUUCAACGCGAUCGCAGCAGGCGGUCGAGGCAGUCGGGGCGGCAGAUGGGACAUCCGCGGGCGCCUGGAGGACUUUGCCGCGUCUCAGGCUGACCGCUUCCGCGAAAAGUUUCAUCCGUCGACAGACACGGGCAAGCUGCCCGUCACGGUGGUGCCUACGCCUCCUCGCGUCGGCGCUGCGUUGCAGCAGGUGCUCGAAGAAGACGAGGAGGGCAGCGAAGCAAGGCGACAGCAGCAGCCUGCACAGCAGCACUCACAAGGUGGCAGUGUCUACGGCGGCAGCUCGGCCAUUGACGCCGCGGCAUCGACGGCGUCGGAGCGAUAUGCCGCCAACGGCCCUUCGCGGUCCGCAGCCACGCGCAGCAGACCGUCGCCGCUUCCUCUGCCGGUCAACCAGCCGCCGCUGUGGCCGGGCGUGAAUCGCCGUGCCGCGGUGUAUGAUGAGGAAGAAGACGACGAGUCGUUUGAGGGCGAGGAGGAUGAGGAAGAUGAAGGCCACUCGACGACGGACGACUUGUCGUCUGUACUGUCCCGGGAGCGGCCCAAUGGGUCGUCGGCGUCUCGCGCGGGGUAG